AUGGCUGAGGAUAAGAUUAACGAGCCCGUCAUCGACGACACUCUAGAGGAGUACGCCGGCUUGGUCAAGUUCGUCGCUACUUACCGCGAUGAGAAGGACCUUGCUGCCGAGCGUGCUGCCAACGAAGAAGAAGAGGCAGCCAAGCCUCCUCCUAAGUGGAAGUUUUGGAAGAAGGUUAAGAAGGAUGGUGAGGUUGCUGGUUUCCAAGUCCCCGACUCUUGGGUUUCUACUGACCUGAAGACCGGUCUUGAUUCCCACGAAGUUGAGCAGCGUCGCAAGAAGGCCGGCUACAAUGAGCUGACCUCUGAACACGCCAACAUCUUCUUGCAAAUCUUAGGCUACUUCUCUGGUCCUAUUCUGUACACCAUGGAGGUCGCAGUCAUUCUUGCCGCCGGUCUCCGUGACUGGAUUGAUUUCGGUGUCAUUAUUGGUAUUUUGAUGCUUAACGCUGGUGUCGGUUGGUACCAGGAGAAACAGGCUGCCGAUGUCGUUGCCUCUCUCAAGGCUGAUAUUGCCAUGCGUGCUACUGUUGUUCGUGAUGGUCAUGAGCAGGAAGUUCUUGCUCGUGAUAUCGUUCCCGGUGACAUUGUCGUCAUCGAGGAGGGUACCGUCGUCCCCGGUGAUUGCCGUCUUAUCUGCGCUUAUGACAACCCUCAAGGUUUCGCUGAGUACCUUGACUACAUCAACUCUGACCUCUCUGCUGCCGGUGGCGAAGGCGACGAUGAAGAUGAGGAAGAUGGUGAGGGUGAUCGCGGCCGUAAGGUUGGUCACUCCAUCAUCGCUGUUGAUCAGUCUUCUAUCACCGGUGAGUCUCUCGCUGUCGACAAGUACAUGGCCGAUAUGGCUUACUACACAACCGGCUGCAAGCGCGGAAAGGCUUUCGCUGUUGUCUGCUCCACUGGUACUUCCACCUUCGUCGGUAAGACCGCUGCCAUGGUGCAGGGUGCCCAGGAUCAGGGUCACUUCAAGGCUAUUAUGAACUCUAUCGGUACUGCUUUGCUUGUUCUUGUCGCUUUCUGGAUCAUGGCUGCCUGGAUCGGUGGCUUCUUCCGUGGCUUGAACAUUGCUACCCCCGAGCACUCUUCCAACAACUUGCUGCACUAUAUGCUUAUUCUCUUGAUUGUUGGUGUCCCUGUCGGUUUGCCUGUUGUUACCACCACCACUCUUGCUGUUGGUGCCGCAUACCUUGCCGACAAGAAGGCUAUUGUUCAGAAGCUUACCGCCAUUGAGUCUCUUGCCGGUGUCGACAUCCUGUGCUCUGAUAAGACUGGUACUUUGACUGCCAACAAACUUUCCAUUCGUGACCCCUUCCUCGCUGAGGGUGUUGACGUCAACUGGAUGAUGGCUGUUGCCGCGCUUGCCUCCUCGCACAACAUCAAGGCUCUUGAUCCUAUUGAUAAGAUCACUAUCCUUACCCUUAAGCGCUAUCCCAAGGCUCUUGACAUCAUGCAGCAGGGCUGGAAGACUAUCAGCUUCACUCCCUUCGACCCCGUUUCUAAGCGUAUCACCGCCGUCUGCGAGCUGAAUGGUGAGACCUACACUUGUGCCAAGGGUGCUCCCAAGGCUGUUUUGGCUCUUACCAACUGCUCUCCUGAGCAGGCUCAGAUUUACAAGGACAAGGCCCGUGAGUUCGCCUCUCGUGGUUUCCGUUCUCUUGGUGUUGCUGUCAAGAAGGGUGAUGAGGACUGGCAGUUGCUUGGUAUGAUCUCUCUGUUCGACCCUCCCCGUGACGAUACCGCCCAGACCAUUGUUGAGGCUCAGCAGCUCGGUCUUUCCGUUAAAAUGCUUACUGGUGAUGCUAUCGCCAUUGCUAAGGAGACCUGCAAAAUGCUGGCUCUUGGUACCAAGGUCUACAACUCUGAUAAGCUCGUUAACGGUGGUUUGACUGGUGCUCUUCAGCAUGAUCUCGUUGAGAAGGCUGACGGUUUCGCUGAGGUUUUCCCUGAGCACAAGUACCAGGUCGUCGAGAUGCUCCAAGAGCGUGGUCACUUGACUGCCAUGACUGGUGAUGGUGUUAACGAUGCUCCUUCUCUGAAGAAGUCCGACUGCGGUAUUGCUGUCGAGGGUGCCACUGAGGCUGCACAGGCUGCUGCUGAUAUUGUUUUCAUUGCCCCUGGUCUCUCCACCAUCGUCGACUCUAUUAAGGUUGCCCGUCAGAUUUUCCAGCGUAUGAAGGCAUAUAUCCAGUACCGUAUCGCUCUGUGCUUGCACCUUGAGAUCUACUUGGUUACCUCCAUGAUUAUCAUUAACGAGACGGUUCGUGUCGAGCUCGUCGUCUUCUUGGCCUUGUUCGCCGAUUUGGCCACCAUUGCCAUUGCCUACGAUAAUGCCCACUACGAACCCCGCCCUGUCGAGUGGCAGCUGCCCAAGAUUUGGAUUAUUUCUUCCCUCCUUGGUCUUCUGCUUGCCCUUGCUACCUGGGUCAUCCGUGCUACCAUGUACAUUCCCAGUGGUGGUAUCGUUGAGAACUACGGCUCCGUCCAGGAGGUUUUGUUCUUGCAAAUCUCUCUUACCGAGAAUUGGCUCAUUUUCGUUACCCGUGGUGGUCAGACUUAUCCCUCUUGGGAGCUUGUCGCCGCCAUUCUUGGUGUCGAUGUUAUUGCUACUAUCUUCUGCUUGUUCGGUUGGUUGUCUGGCCCUGGCUCCACCUUGGAUACUAAUCCCCACGACUUGUUCGAGGAGACUACCGAUGGCUGGACCUCUAUCGUCACUGUUGUUGUCAUCUGGGGUUACUCCAUUAUGGUCACUGUCGUCAUUGCUGUCGCCGCUUACAUUCUCAACCGUUUGCCUGGUCUCGCUGAUUUGGGUCGCUCGAACCGCUCCAACUCUGACGCAAAGCUUGAGAACCUUAUUGGCCGUCUGUCCCGCCUGGCCAUUGAGCACGAGCAUGACGAGGCUACGGGCAAGUCUCGCUUCACCAUCGCCCCCAAGACUUCUAGUGCUGAGGAGAUGGACUAA